AUGCCAUCCAAGCAGGAGAAGAAGAAGACGAAGUAUGUCCUGGUAUCGGGAGGCGUCAUCAGCGGCGUGGGGAAGGGGAUUAUUGGUAUGACGAAGCCGUCGACAAGAGUCGCGUCAACGACCGCCAACGCGAUGAUUCUUACGCGUUGUAGCAUCUUCCACGGGUCUUCUGCUGAAGUUGAUCCGUAUCUCAAUGUCGACGCCGGGACUAUGAAUCCUAAAGAGCAUGGAGAAGUUUUCGUCCUCAGCGACGGCGGAGAAGUCGACCUCGACCUAGGAAACUACGAACGCUACCUCAACAUCACCUUGACGCGCGAGAACAACAUCACAACCGGCAAGAUCUACCAACAUGUCAUCGAGCGAGAACGCAGGGGCGACUAUCUGGGCAAGACUGUGCAAGUGGUCCCGCACAUUACGGACGCCAUUCAGGACUGGAUUGAGCGCGUUGCUAAGAUUCCCGUGGAUGAUACCAAUGAAGCGCCCGAUGUGUGCAUCGUCGAGCUCGGAGGCACCGUCGGAGACAUUGAGAGCAUGCCGUUCGUGGAGGCCAUGACACAACUGCGGAGGAGAGCUGGGAAGAACAACUUUCUACAGAUCCACGUCUCGUACGUGCCCGUUGUCAACGGGGAGCAAAAAACGAAGCCCACUCAGCAGGCCAUCAAAGCUGUUCGGAGUGCGGGUCUCAUUCCGGAUUUGAUUGCUUGCCGCUGUGAGAGGCCGCUCGAACCACCUACCGUGGAGAAGGUUGCGCACUUCUGCCAGGUCGACUUCGAGCAAGUCAUCGUUGUGCGCGACAUGCCUUCCAUCUACCAAGUCCCCCUUCUACUUGAGCAGCAAGGCCUGGUCACAUCCCUGCGAAAUAUACUCCAGCUCGAUGAUUCCGCUCUAUCGCCUGCAAUGGUGCAGAAAGGACACAGUAUCUGGAAGCAAUGGAAGACUCUUACUGUGCCGCCACGUAACGGCUGGGACGACACGGUCGAUAUCGUGCUCGUAGGCAAAUAUAUCGAGCUGCACGACUCCUACCUUAGCGUUAUCAAAUCUCUUGAGCACUCAGCGAUGAAAUGCCGGCGUAAGCUUAAUCUCGUCUGGGUCGAUGCGGAACACCUCGAACCGCACAUGCAAGCAAAAGACGCCAUCAGAUUCCACAACGCUUGGGGUGCCGUGUGCUCCGCCGGCGGUAUACUAGUUCCAGGAGGUUUCGGUCAGCGUGGUACAGAAGGCAUGGUUGCAGCUGCUAAAUACGCUCGUGAGAACAAGGUCCCGUAUUUGGGUAUCUGUCUCGGCAUGCAAAUUGCGGUCAUUGAGUUCGCCCGCCACAUUUGCGGUAUAGAGCAGGCGACUUCCGCCGAGUUCCACGCCGGGGCUGCCGAUCCAGUUAUUAUCUCCAUGCCAGAGCUGAACAAGGAGACUAUGGGCGCUACUAUGCGCCUAGGGUUAAGGCCGACCCUGUUCCAGCCUGGCAGCGAGUGGAGCAGAUUACGGCAGCUGUACGCGGAGAAGAGCGAGGUGCUGGAGAGACAUCGCCAUCGCUACGAAGUCAAUCCCGACUACAUCAAGCGCUUGGAGGCUGGUGGGCUCAUCUUCAUCGGCAAAGACGACAAAGGCGAGAGAAUGGAGAUUAUUGAGUUCAAGGAUCACCCAUGGUUUGUUGGCGUGCAGUUCCACCCGGAGUAUCUAAGCCGCGUCCUGGAUCCAAGCAGGCCUUAUCUAGGCUUCGUGGCCGCUAGCUGUAGAGACGAUACGUUGGAAUUGCUUACGAACGAGUACCGAGGGGGAUCUAAUGAGGUCGACAGCCUUGCUACCCGGCUGUCAAACGGUAAUGCUUUUUAG